GACACCUCUCCUUUUGAAACGUCAAAGUUAAUUCCUCGCUUGCGAGUGUGUGAUGUUAUAUUCUACAUAUUUACAUUCCUCAUUGAGAUAAUUUAAGUCCAUAAAAUUAUUAAUCAUGGCUGGAAGUGGGGAAGUUCUCGAGGGAUUUUUAUGCCCUAUUUGUAUGUCAGAUUUGAAAACGCCGACUCAAUUAACCAAACACUUUGAAGAGUUUCACCACGAUGAUCCAGAGAUCUUAAAGUCAUUAAAAGAUUUAUUUGAUAAGGCAAAGAAGAAAAUCUUGAAGCAAGAUGAAAUACCGGAAGCAUUUAAUGAUCCAGUAAUACCUAUCGAUCGAAGAACUAGCCCUGAUAUUGUUUGGGGUCCACAGGAAAUAGGUGCAAUACAGAGUCAUACAAAAUACUUUAAAGAAAUGAGAAAUAUUCGAUUAGCAAGAUACACACUUGAAACUAACAAGCUUCUCAUUCGAAUGGAUAAAUUGCUUUGCAACUUGCCUUCCGAUCCAGUGGAUAGGAAAGUACAUGAGCAGACUAUUGUACCAUGGAUAGAUGACAAGGAUGUUAAGUUAUGUCCAACCUGUGCCAGAAGUUUUCACGUCGCUCGAAGGAAACAUCACUGCCGACUUUGUGGAGCCGUCAUGUGCCAUGAUUGUACCAUAUUUCUGCCAUUAUCCGAAGCACGAAAAAUGACUAGUCCCGUCUCCAUUCAGGAUGAUACUGCGGUUUCACCUACAUCCUCUGGCUCACCAAUUUCAGGCCGCAUAGUACGAGCAGGUAUUGGCCUGACGAAGUUGGCUCGUUCGCCAUCCAGUGGAAGUUUGAAUAGUGUCCUCUCUUUGGUGAAUGACCCUUCUACGGGUGAACAGCAUUUUCGACUUUGUUCUCCUUGUAAAGAAGUUCUCGACGCCAGAGAGAGGCUCAAAGCCAGACAGUUUGACAGGCCAAUAAUCUGCCAAUUCUACGAAAAAAUGCGUCGCUAUAUGGAAGAGGCUAAUCGAUACCUGGAUAUGUACAGAAGAAUGUGCCAGUCGUUGAACGAAGGGGAAUCCAUGUACGAUUUACGAGACGCUCAGGUGCUUCGCGUGAAGAUAGCCAAAGUUGGUGAGAACAUCGAUGGGAUCAGUAAAGGAAUUUUGGUGUUAGGGUCUAAAGACGUGGACAGUGCUCCUCAAGGACAGGAUCUUCGAUUGCGGCAGAUGGUCAGAGCCAGUGCAAUGUUGUUCUUGAAGGAGGAUUUAUUGAACGUUCCAGCACUGCCCACGGAAGAGGAGUAUGCUGCCCUUCAAGAGAAACAGAUUGAAGCAAGGAAUGCUUACGAGAGACAAUUUAAAAUUGACGAAGUGUUAAAAGAUAGGCGACAGGAGUUGCAAGUGCCCUAUCAGUCCGAAGGCUGGGGUCCAUCGGGAGCAGCUGCCACCCUGUCAUCUACCAUGGACCCAAUUAUUGAACAGAUGAAUAACAUUCAAUCCUACAUCAAGCAAGCUCGAGCUGAAUGUAAAUUUGAUGAGGUAGCGAUGUUGGAAAAUAAUUUAAGAGAGCUACAAAGUGAAUACUUCACCAGAAAACAGGGGAACAGCACGGAAGAAGAGCAUUAAGUAUUUCCUUAAUACUAAGGAUAAGCCAAACAAAAGUUUCCGUACUCAGAUGUAUAACAUUCUUGUCCUAUUUUUUGCAAAUUCAGACUUGUCUUAAUUGUUUGUACCACUUUCAAUUUUAGUUUAACCGUGUUAAAUAUAUUUAAUUUGUAAGUAUUAUACAAAUAUGUUUACUCCUGAAUAUUAGAAUACGUAUAAAUAUGUCAACAGUAAAAAAUGUACAACAUAUUAAACUUUGAUAUCAAUUGAAAUAUAUACAGUAGCCCUAUUUAAAAAAA